GGCAGGAAAUAAAGUCACUUGGAUGCUUGGGUAUAGAGUCGGACUAAAAAGUGUUUUAAUUUUAUCGAAAUGACGAUUGUCGGCUUAUUCUGAGAAGAUUGUUGACUAAUUAGUCAGAGGAAUUAGAGUAUUUGUUGUUUAAUUGAGGAGGUUACAUUGUCACUCGACGAAGAAUGCCGGAUAAAAUAAGGAUGACUUCGUUUCAGCCGCGCGGCUCAAGUCUGCGACGGUCUAAACGAAAUAACAUUGGGACCAGCACCAACGACCUCAACUGUCUGGUGGCGGAUGCUGCCGGCCGGCUUCACGACGUGGAGAAGUGCUCCCCGUGCCAGGCGUCAGCCAAGCGAGGCUCCCUUGCUCCACCACCGCCGAAGGAUGCGGUGUAUAUGCGGCGACACGCGGGACUCUUUCACUGUGUUUGUCUGAUCGUUGGGGCGAGCAUCGGUCCGAACAUCUUCCUGUCACCGUCUGUCUUCAUUGCCAACUCGACCUCCGUGUGGUCCUCGUCGGUGCUGAUUGUCUUAUGUGGUGCUUUGUGCACUAUCGCAGCUCUAUGCUAUGCUGAUUUGAUCACGGCAUUCAAAGAGUCCGGAGGUGAGCUGAUUUUCUUCUACCGACCUCUCGGGGACCGAGCGGCCUACAUCCAGGUAUGGAUGUCCCUGGUAGUCGCUCGGACCGGUGGGGCGGCCGUGGCCGGUUUAGUCUUCGCUUCGUUGCUGGUCUCGCCGUUUUAUCCAACCAGCUCACUCGGAACCCCGAAAGCUCUCAUCCGAAUCGUCGCUACAAUUACACUUUUGGGAAUUUUCUAUGUGAACUGCAUGAGCGUACGAUGGACUCUGCGACUGCAGGUUGUCUUUACUGCUGUCAAGGUUGCCGGUUUGCUGUUCAUUAUAGUCGGGGCAAUCAUUACCAUAUCCCAAGGUAAGACUGACGUUUGGCACCAUUCGCUCAGCUACAGGGCAGACUUUGAGUUCAGCAAGCUGGCCAGGGCAUUUUUCAAUAUUAUUAAUUUAUUUAUUGGUUGGAUGGUGAUUGCAUUCAUAGCUGAAGACAUUAAGGACCUUGAUAGAACUGUUCCGUUGGCCAUGUUAAUCAGUCUUCCACUGAUAACUAUCAUUUAUGUUGCCGUCAACUUUGGCUUUUUGGCUGUUCUAACGCCGGAGGAGGUUAUGAGCCAGCAAUCAAUUUCCACGAUAUUUGCAAACCGUGUGCUAGGUGACACAUGGGCGUGGCUGAUGCCUGUAACGGUCGCCGUGUCCACACUGAGUUCAUUCAAUGGCCUCGUCAUGGGAAGUGGAAGGCUUUUGAUGGUAGCGUCUCGUUUACGCUGUGCUCCGGAAAUCUGGUCCAUGCUUAGUGUCAAAAGACAUACACCUAUUGCUGGCUUCCUUACAUAUAUUCCAAUCACCUUGGUUAUGAUUCACAUAGACGGCUUGACAUGGAUCCUGUCUCAACUGGCUUCAUUUGCAUGGAUAUCCGUUGCCGUUGCGUGCUUAGUGCUUCUCCUAAUGAAGAAGAAAGUACCAGAAAUACAUCGGCCGUAUGAAGUGCCAAAGUCCUUCCCAAUCACAUUUCUCAUAAUAAGUCUAGUGCUCUUCGGAUACUCCGUGUAUCUCAACCCAAUAGCGGUAGUCGUUACAUUCAGUGUGGCAUUCCUUAUUGUCCCGCUCAAGAAGCUCAGCGAUAAAGUCUUUCAGAUGAAUCCACAACUUGAACGUAGAGGAGAGCGAGUGACGUUAUUCCUGCAGAAGCUACUCAUGGUUGUUCAUCAAGAAAUCGAUAACGAAUGUUCGACUUAGAUUUACUUUUACAAAGACAAUUAACAUGCUGGGAAAAAAUGUGGUGGUUGUGUAGGGAAGUUGAACAAAUCUAUGCCACAUAAAGGUGACUAAACACGCACAAGUAGUUGGCUUAAAGGCAGUGGACACUUUUGUUUUUUUAUUAGCAUACAACCUUUCUUGGUGAUAAGUAAUGGGGAGAGGUUGAUGGAUAAAACAUUGUAAAAAACGGCUCCCUCAUAAAGGCUGAUAUAUAAUGGUUGGGGGGGAGGGUCACGGUUAUGUAUAAAACCCUUUUUGUGAUUUGUGGGCAAGGGUUCUAAAAAGGGUGGGGCUCUCCGCUGCCCAACACACCCCUCUGGUUACGCCACUGCCUCAAUGUUAAGUACAUAAUAUUUUGUUUUAAAUUAUUUACCACAAAACAAAACGAGUAGUUUGUUUCUAAACUGAGAUCACGAGAGUGAUUGAAGUUAUUAAAAAUUGCAAUAUAUUUUGACCGAGGAAAAAAAAACUCAAAAUAGUUUUUAGACACUAAACAAAAGUAGUUUUCUUGUACAUUAUUAUUAUUAUUAACUUUUUUUUCUAUUCAUAAUUUCAACAAUUAAUUUAGAUACAGAUAAUGACAAAUUUAUUAUAAUAGUUAAUAACUCUGUAAUAAUAACGUCUAAGUAACAUUGAAUGCCUAAAAAGGUGUCCCAUUUGUCAAGUAUGGACUAAUUAAUUGAAGAUAGCUUCUGAUAAUGCCGAUGGGACUCGUGUCAGUUAUACAUACAUCGGGCGUGCAAGCUUUCGAUAGAUCAUUAGAUAGACAAUGUUAACUUUUGCAAUUACUGAAUGCUAGUCUAAUUCCCCUUGAAGGGUAUGUUUUUAUACACAAUGUUCACCCAUCUGAUAGUAACAACUGGUGAGAAAUUCCAUACUUUUAUCUGAAUCCAGACACUUUUCAAAUGCAUCUGCCUGUUAAAAAAGAGAGUAAUUAGUUAAGGUAUUAUGCAGGACUGGUGAGGAUAAAAACAUAAUUUUAGUCUGAAAGACGACUUACUGAUUAUGAAGUUCAAAACAAGAACAUUUUCUGUGUGUGAAGUAAGUCAAAUUUGAGACACAUUUUUAAGACCAGGAAGAAAUGCAGCAUACAAAAAAAUGAAGCAUACAAACAAACCAAGCUGACUUGAAAAAAAAAAAAAAAAAAAAAUUAAAGACAAUGUGUUACAUGCUGAGAACUGCAUGGUUUUUCACUAUUCUCUCCUGACUCAUGCAAUGGAUUUUCACAGGUUUUUAUAUCAUGUAUUAUGGUUGUUCAAACAAAACUUGAACAAUGUAUGUGACUAUUUUGCCAGCUCUACCAAUCCUGUAUAAUACCUUCAUGUAUUACUUUCUUCAGAUUAAAAGGAAUCGUGUUCUUUGAUUGAAGCCAAGGGUACUGUUCCUGAAAGCUUGAACAUAAAAUAUAUACUCCAGAUGUUAAUAAAAUGAAGAAAUGCCUUCAUUUCGAAACAACCUAAAAUCUUGUUCCCACUUUAACAUCUUUCUGUAAUAAAAUACUCUCACCCUCGAGUAACAUUUAAUGGGGUUUAAAGUUAACGUUAUAUAUUGGAAUGCACUAUUCAUCAAAAAAUGUUCAGGUAGCAUUUAAAAGGCCUGGAAUUUCAUUCAGAAAGAGGCAAAGCCACUUUCCCCUGUGGGUUGCUUAAAAACUUGUGAAGAAAUAAGAAUUUUGUUUGAUUACAGGGUUGGGGGAUUCUGGCUUGG